CACGUUCAAUUGUUCACCAAAGAGGCAAAAACAGAAAGUUGUCUUGGAAAAAGGCAGUGGUAUGGGGUUUGCAGAACUACAGACUACAGAGUACAAAUUCAGCAAAAAUGGCAAAAAAAUCCAAAAAAAAUAAGAAAAGAAAAAAAAAACCCCAAAAUCAAAGGUUAGCUCCGAAAAUUGAAUUGGGUAGGCAUGGGCAAUGUGAAAAAGACUGAAAACUGUGAUUUUCUCUCUCCUCAUCCUUAACAACAGCAUUUUCCCAUGAUAUUUAAUGACCGUUGGGGGAGUUGGCACACUGUAUUUUCUAUCUAUUAAUGCUUCUUCAUUCCUACCGAAUUGAUCCUUAUUUAAUCUUUCUUCUAAUUUUGAAUUUCUCUCCUAUAUAAUUCAACUACUAUUUUAUUAUUGCACUUUUGAGCUGGGUUAGUGUGCCAAAACCCACAAUUUUUUAAUGCACUUUUGAGCUGGGUUUAGAUUUUGGGCACCUAAUUUCUCAACUAUAAUUGCAUGAUUUUUGAUUAAAUUAGUGGGUUUUUGAGGGUUUUUUUAAAAGAUUUAAAUUUUCAUUUUUUUAAUGUAUAAUUUUGCCGUUUUGACUAGAGAAGAAGGAAGAAGAUGACAAGGAAAAGGUUUGAACUUUGAAAUUUGAUUCUGAUUAUUAUUAUUAAAUUAGUUAGAGAUUGUUUUUGUUUUAGUGUUUUGGAAGUAUAGCUAAGUAGAUGAACAAACUUGACGGAAAAACCAAGGAUAUUGUUGGCAAUAUGUGUUGUUUAUGUGCUGUUUUUUCAACUCUUUAAUUGAUUUGUUAUUUUUCUUAGUGGUAAUAAGAUUUAGGGGCAAAAUUAUAUUAGCAAGAAUAUAUUGAUCAUUUAUGAUUUAGGUGAGAAAAUCCACCUAUCAAGAUUAUGUUUUAUUAGACAUCAAGAUUUUGUUUUGAAUGAUUGGAUUUCUAAUUUGGGAUACAAAGAGUUGAAUUUUGGUGUAAUAGGAUCAGAAUAGCAAUAGCGAUUUCGUAAUUCGAAGUGGGUAUUGAUAGAAUUUUACUAGUGUUAUUUAAGAAGCAAGCAUUAUUUAGUACAAGUGGGCUAGAAAAUUGCAGACUGCCUGUUUGGUAUAAAUACAAGACUUUGGGGUUAUUGUAGUAUUGAUUUGUGGUGUUUUGCUGUAUUUGGUGUUGAUAAUUGAUUGAUAUAGAAGAUAUGGUUGGAAGUGUUGAAGUCAUGAAUAAUGAUUAUAGUAAUGGAUCAAUUCAUAAUUAUAAUGGUAAUGAGGAAAAGCUCGAUGAGCUUCGAAGGCUAUUGGGAAAGGCCGAUGGUGAUCCUUUAAGAAUUGCCGGUGUUGGGGCUGGUGCUUGGGGUAGUGUAUUUCUAGCUUUGUUGCAAGAUAGUUAUGGUCGGUAUCGUGAUAAGAUACAAAUUAGGAUAUGGAGGAGGUGUGGAAGAGCAGUUGAUAGACCAACUGCUGAGCAUCUCUUUGAAGUGAUUAAUUCAAGAGAGGAUGUAUUAAGGAGAUUGAUUCGGCGUUGUGCAUAUUUGAAGUAUGUUGAAGCGAGGUUGGGUGAUCGAACACUUUAUGCAGAUGAGAUAUUGAGGGAUGGAUUCUGCCUAAACAUGGUUGAUACUCCACUUUGUCCAUUGAAGGUCGUGACCAACUUACAGGAAGCGGUUUGGGAUGCAGACAUUGUUGUGAAUGGAUUGCCUUCGACCGAGACUCGUGAAGUGUUUGAAGAGAUCAGCAAGUAUUGGAAAGAGAGGCUCACAGUUCCUAUAAUCAUAUCUUUAUCUAAGGGAAUUGAGGCUGCAUUGCAACCUGUUCCCCACAUAAUCACUCCCACACGGAUGAUUCACCGAGCAACUGGGGUACCAAUGGAAAAUAUCCUCUAUCUAGGUGGACCAAAUAUUGCCUCUGAGAUCUACAAUAAAGAAUAUGCUAAUGCACGUAUAUGUGGUGCAGAAAAGUGGAGGAAACAUCUAGCAAAGUUUCUAAGGCAACCCCAUUUCAUUGUGUGGGAUAACAGUGACCUUGUCACUCAUGAAGUUAUGGGCGGUCUGAAGAACGUGUAUGCUAUUGGAGCUGGAAUGGUAGCUGCCCUCACCAAUGAAAGUGCUACCAGCAAAUCAGUUUAUUUUGCUCAUUGUACAUCAGAGAUGAUAUUCAUUACUCAUUUGCUGGCUGAGGAUCCUGAGAAGCUUGCUGGGCCGUUGCUGGCUGACACAUAUGUGACGUUAUUGAAAGGACGGAAUGCAUGGUAUGGACAAAUGCUGGCAAAGGGUGGUUUGAAUCUGGAUAUGGGUGAUAGCAUCAGCGGCAAGGGGAUGAUUCAGGGUGUCUCAGCAGUUGGAGCUUUCUAUGAGCUCCUGAGUCAAUCCUCUCUGAAUAUGUCUCGGCAUGGAGAACGCAAGCCAGUUGCUCCUGUUGAGUUAUGCCCGAUCUUAAAGACACUAUACAAGAUACUCAUAAAAAGGGAACAAUCUUCAGAAGACAUUCUCCAAGCACUGAGGGAUGAGAACAUGAAUGAUCCCCGGGAUCGAAUCGAAAUUGCUCAAUCACAUGCUUUCUACAUGCCUUCACUCCUGGGGAAGCCCAUAGAUUCAUGAUAUCUCACUAUUAAAUUAUGCAGUGGAUCAAAGAAUGAAUAACACUUCCACAUCAUAUAUAAUGAUUUACGAAGUAUAUGCUUAUGAUAAAGCUAUUAUACCAAAGGUCAAAGGAUGCAGUUUACAUACAAGUAGUACCAUUCUUAUUGCUUAUUUUAUUGAGAAGAUGUAAUUGGGAAGAUACAAUGUUAAAUUUGUUUUAAUCAAGAGUCAAGUGUUGUACAUUCAAAAUUCCAAAUGUAUAGUGAAAUUUGCCUCCAAAUAAAACAUCAAUUCUUUGUAAUUUUCCCAUAAAAAAAAUCUGUAUAUUUUUUUCUUUAUAAAAUUUUGUACAAGUGCCUUCUCUUCUUAAA